AUGGCGGUCGAAAUCCUGGAUUUCCCCGUCGAGAUACUCGAAAUGAUCUUCUUCGAAGCCAUCCAUCCGUGGGAAGACGACAUCGACAAGAUUAUGGACUAUGAGACAGGCCUCUGUAUUGCUCUCACGUGCAAGAGAUUCAACCUCGUUGCUCGACAUGUGUUGUACCGCCGCAUCGAGCUGGGCACGCCAGAUCUUGAUCCUGUCAGCAAACCGACUGAAGGACUGUUACAGACUCUGUCCUUCUACCCCGAAUUGCAAGCCACGUGCCAGUCCUUCCAAAUUUACCUCGGACAAGGAGCCUUUCAGCAAAAGACAUUCAAAACGAUCAGCAAGCUGGUGUCUUUGCUUCAUCGCGUGCGCGUCUUCGAAGUUUCGGGAAGCAACGGCCAUCCGUUAACGUGGCUGCUACUCCUGAAAGCCAUACAGAUGGAGACUGUGGAGGAGAUCCGGGCUGGUGACUGCAUUGUACCCCCUCGAGAUGCAUCGAAGAUACGAAGGCGAGAUGUCUGGGCCGUGAGAAUGGCUGCGCUGGGAGACAAUAUUCCUGGAAACGUUGCAGAUUUUCUCGACACUCAGAAUGAAAACGGAACACUCCCUGUUAUCAAGACCGCGAAGUUCAACGGAUUCAGCCAGAGCCCACGACUACUGCAGGAGAUCCUGACCUGGUUCACCGGACUCGAGCAUUUUGCCUUUACAUACAGUCGCCCGUAUGCUUGUUACAUCAUCUGGAGCUACGCCAACCUCGAAGCGGCCCUCAACCGUCACAAGAAGACGCUGAAGUCAAUUCAGGUCCACCUGCCCGGGUACAGCUGCGUUGGCCUCUUCGACCUGAGAAACUACACGAAUCUGAGAGUUCUCAAACUCUCAUUGCACAACAUUGUACCUGAAUCGCCCGAGGCCGCCGCGGCCACACUCCUUGCACCGAAUCUGGAGCUAUUAGUGCUCGACUUCUGGACGCUCGUCCGCGUGAAGGCCAAAUACAACUGUAUUGAAAAGCGUGACGAAGAGUGGUUAGUGCAAUUCGGAGAACAUGCGUCCAAAGUACGAAAGUCUCUUCCCAGGGUGCACGCCAAAAUCCCCGCAUACGCGUUUCAAGGCACCGAGAAGGAGCUUUGGGACGCCCGCUGCACGUUUGAGACUCUCGACAAUAUCCAGGACGAGCUGCAGGGAUAUGGUGUUGACUUCACAUACGACGACCCUCCUGUCUCAAGAGAAGAAUUUCGGGAAUGGAUACGCGAGAAGGACGAAAUGGACUUGCUUGGGGGGCUUUGGAGAUACAUGAACCGCUAUGCUGCAUACCACUCAGACGAAUCAGAUUCGGGGUUUGAAUCUAACACACUUACCCAGGAAUCUGCAGACAAAUUGGAUACAGAGGAGGCGGAGGAAGAGACCCAGACUUGA